AUGUUCAAACUGCGGCUGGGCUGGUACGCCGGGGUGUCGACUGCCCUGGCGGGUGGCGUCAUUCUCUCGGCAUUUCACCAGCGUGCCAACUUCUACUCGGCUAUGGUGUACCUUGCGCAGAGCAACUUCUGUCUGCUGGUUCUGGUCAAUUUCACAUUGUUCUUGUACACUAGUUUCAUCUAUGCCUUGACGCAGAUAUGCUUUGGCACGCUGCGCGCGAUCGAGGUCGAGCAACUUACCGAACGAGCAUGGUUUGCCAUCACCGAGACAUGUCUGGCCAUGACAAUCUUUCGAGAAGAGAUUGGCGCUUGGUUCCUCGUCAUGUUCACGGCAUUGGUCACGGGAAAGGUCUGGGGCUGGAUUGGAGACGGCCGUGUAGACUUUCUGGAGCAGCAACCCCCUACGAAUCCCCGACUCUUCCACCUGCGCCUCAGCGUCUCCCUUGCGGCUAGUUUCAUUUACGACAUCUGGAUACUUCGAUAUACUGUCCUCACCGUCAUUCAGCAGGCGAGGCCGAAUAUGAUGGUCAUGUUCCUGUUUGAGUUUGCCAUCCUGGCCACCAACUCUGGAAGAACGGGAUUUCGCUACUUGGUAUCCAUCACGGAACAGCGCAUCCUCGAGCUGCAGACCCGCAAGCUUUUGGCGGAGCGAAAGGCCGAGAUCAGCCGCCAGCGAGAUGAGAUUAUUCGUCAACGCGAAGCAGCCGCUGCAGCUGGGGAGCCAGCUCCGGAGAAUGAAGAACCUUUGCCCAAUCCUGAUGAUAUUGACGAAAUGGACAUUGAAGUGCCCGGCUGGUCGGCCAAGGGUGAGCUGAUUCUUUGGUUGGACUUGGUGACUGACUUUGCCAAGCUGGGAAUUUACAUCUCCUUCUUUAUGAUGCUUCUCAUGUUCUAUGGUCUUCCUAUUCAUAUUAUGCGGGACUUGUUUAUGACAACGAGAGACUUCUUGAAGAGACUCAAUGCGCUUUUACGCUACAGACGGGCUAUUCAAGAAAUGAAUAAAUACGCAGAUGCUACUGUGCAAGAUCUCGCACAAGAGAACACAUGCAUCAUUUGCCGUGAGGAAAUGCGUUUCUGGGAUCCUGCAGAGAACGUAGGUGUUGUCGACCGCGUGCGCCCCAAGAAGCUCCCCUGCGGUCACAUUCUACAUCUUGGCUGCCUCAGAAGCUGGCUGGAACGGCAACAGGUGUGCCCGACAUGUAGAAGCCCUGUCACAGGCGAACAACCACGACCUCGUAAUGGUCGUCGUCAAGCUGGUCUCAGAAUACAAUUCGGUCAGGCGCCGCAACGCGGCCAGAAUCAACGCGGAAAUGAAAACGACAAUAGAAACAACGAUAACGGUAUACAAGGCGAUGGGCAAGAUGGAGCUGCGCCUCAUCCUCAAGGGGGACGGGCCGGCGGACAGCCCCGUGUCUUUACUCUUGGUCCAAUAAGAGUUGGAUUUGGAGCUAAUGACCAGCAAGUGCGCCAACUCGCUCAACAGUUUGGCAUGCCGCAAAUUGCUGGUGGCCAGGAACAAAACCCAGUUACGACAGCCUCUCAGAAUCAGUCCCAGUUGCCUCCAUCGGGUGAUAGCCUUCAACAGAUCGGAACUCUCUUACAGCAGGCGGAGCAGAUGUUGCAACGCGAAUUGCAGAACUUACAAAAUACGCAACAAGAACUACAAAUCGCCAACUUGCUCAACAAUGAGAUCCAACGGCUUCGUCAGCGACGACUGCAGCCACAGGACGCCGCGCAGAACGGCCAGGGCCAAUUCCCUGCAUCAUUCAAUCAACCACCUGGGGGUCUUCCUCCAGUAGGCCUACCACCGUUGCCCUUACAGGUACCUCAGCUUGGUGGUUUGGCACCAUUUCCUCCACCCUUUCCGGGCAUGCCGCCAAGAAUGAACAGCCCAUUGAUGACUCGGCACGGAGCUGGCCCCUCCACGACAGCAAUCCCUGCCGGUAGCUCUGAGUUGCCAGAGGGACUGGUGCUGCCCCCUGGGUGGUCCUUGACGCCUCUACAAAGGCUGGAUAAUGCUCAGACUGCACCGCAAUUUCCUCCUCAGACCACUGGUGUACCUCACACUGGAGAUCUUACAAACGGAAGCCAGGCUGCAUCAAUCUCAAUACGGCCAACACCGACGGUGCCGCAUAAUCAAGAGACCGCGCGGGCUGAAUCUUCGCCAUUCCCCGCUCCUGCUCCCAAUGCUGCGAGGCUACAAGGAGAUCAACUCCCAACUCCUGUAACUUCGUCAGAUCACCCUCCCGUAGUGUCACCCAGCCCAAUGUUGCCAAAUUGGGGCGGGUCCAACCAGCUCUUCGGAAGCGGAUCUCGUCUAGACCAAGGAGACACGGCUAGCCAAGCAAGUACACAGGCAGCCCCGCAAAUAGAGACUGAAAACGUACCGGAAAGCAGCAGCAGCAAUGCCCAUGAAUCUGUACCCGAGACGGAUCUCAAAAGGGAACCGAGUAUCUUGGAGCUUGAACAGAACGAAGCGGCUCAAACGGAGGAAGAGCCGUCUGACAAGGGAAAGGGCAGAGCUGUUACUGUGGAAGAAGCUGAUGAUGAGGAAGAUUGA